AUGUCACCUUCCAAAGAAUUAUCACCAUUAGAAAGCCUUCCACAAUAUCUUCUAGGCGAAAUUAUCUCCAGGGUUGCAAAAUCUGGACGCAACCAUGUUCGUCAUUGCUUCCAAGUUUCACAUGAACUAGCAAUAGCCUGCAAGGAUGAAAGAGUUUCUAAAGAACUCAACCUCAAGCAGCUGGCCAUGAAUCCAUUGGCAACAGUACACAACUACCAAAGACUAAUGGAGAAAUGUCUCCAAAACGGUAAUGCAGAAGCACACUACAUCGAAGGUGUUAAACAGUAUUUCUACCACAACAACACACCCUCAGGACUUCAUCAUCUCCAAGCAUCUGCUGAAGGUUUGUAUGAAAAAGGCAUUUAUCUAUAUGGGAUUCUCAUGUUGUGCAGGGGAGAAACAGACACGGGUAAACAAUAUUUGGAUAAGCUACAAUGGGUUAAAUCAACAACAAGGUCUGAUCGUUGUUGGACCAAUAUCAAAUUAUCACUCCAAGGCAUCCAUAUCAUCAUGCAACCCAGCUACUUCCAAUCCAUAAGAGACAUCAAACCAAACAAGAUAUGCACACUUAACGACAUGGAUACAAGGUGCAAGAAGUGCUACUACUACAAACAGAUGAGAAAGUUUGUAAACCGUAUUUGA